AUGUCCGGCGAAUCUAGCGGCUCGUCCGCUCCCUCCGCCUUAGGGGUAUCACCAAAUGCGAGUGGAAUCCAUAGCACCAAUAGCUUGAGACAUGAUCAAGCAACAACAGAAUCCGAAAGCAAGGCUACUCUAACCGCGAAUCUGGCCCAAAAUGAGCCCCUACAACGGAGGCAUAGACCGAGGAGCUCGGGAGGGUUCCUGCUACAGACAACCCCUGCUCCUGCUUCGGAAACAAGACUCUCCUCGUAUACGGAACCAGAUACUACUAGAGAUGUGAAAGGGAAGCGGAAGGCUGAGGAAGGGGACUUAGUCGUGCCUAAGCGUGCAAGCGCUCAUCAGAGACACCGCCAGAAACCUUCUUUGGGAAGCUCACCGCUAGCUACCGAGGUCAUCAACGUCCAUUCAUCGGAUCAUACAGAUAAAAAUGGAGCUUUCCAGAGAGACGAGCGGUUUUCAGUACAAUCGGCUGCUAGGCAAAGCAUGCGCUCAAGUCUCAAUAGCAAUGGUACAUCUGCCGGGUCUGCCACUAGCACGGAUCCAGUAUUGCUAUCAAAUGGGAGAAGCGCCAUUGGCCAUGAUACAGACCCUGCCCAGAUCGUCACCCUGGCGUUGAACCUCAGCGAAAGUCGUCGCAGGAACUUCAGCAGUGGUGGCCUACUCAUACCUCGAGAUGCAAUUGGAGCCCGGCGUAUCAUAUCUUCGGGACAGCAAACGCUCGGGCUACCUAACAGCGCAAGCGGAGGAAGUCUACGCCAACAUUUGCAACAGCAGAGACAGGUGUCAAGGAAUAUAUCGCCAAAAUCAGGCAGAUCUUCCAGCAACAAAGGGUCUGGAUCCGGUUCACCACACUCGCAGAAAGAACAGGUUGGGAACAGGCACUCUACACUAUUGCCAGAUUAUGACGCUGGGGUGGCCGAUGAUGUCGUCUUCGAUGCGUCGGAUGCUACAUUCUCACGCGCGAACAAGGCAAGAGUCGCGAUAGAAUUGAUGUAUGAGUACAGAAGGCUACUGCAGUAUCUUCCUCCAAUACCGACAAACUCUAAGAGCAAACCAGCAACGAGCAAAGGUGCUGCAAAGCACGAAGGUGAGCCAUCGACUGGGCUUGGAAGACUCUACAAUCCACUGCAGUAUAUCCGCAACAGAAAAGUUCGAUUUCGUGAAAGACGACCUCUGGAUGCUGAAGCAGCUGGGUGGAAAGACCUCGACCGAGUAAAGAUCUGGGUAGAUACAGUUGCAAGUGAGCGAGAAGACGGUGUCUCUCGUAUCGACCAACGUUUCCCCUUGCCAUCCCUGGACACAAUUAGUGGCGAGUAUCCUGUGGCCGAUGGCUUAGAGAUUUCGCGCGUUCCACUUUCGGCAGGCUCUCAAAUCAGAAAAGUCGAAAGACCGCGUAUGGAUUGGGAAUUUACUUCAUGGGACUUGCUUGCGGACGCGCAAUGGCUCACCCAGGAUGACAAUCUCGAUCACAUAGAGGAUCGUUCGGGCAAGAAGAUUACGACAGGUCACCCAAAUCGUAAAGACAAUACGCCGAGAGCAAGUGUCGAGUCGAACAGAAGCUCAUUGCGACGCUCCGAGAGUAUUGUCAGAGAACAUGCAUCUCCCGAUAGGGUUCGAGCAUUGGCCGGUCACUCCCGUAAGGAUUCCAAGGACCGAGGACGUCGAAGCUUAGACGUGCACGAGCAAAGAUCACCGGUCUCGGAAGACAAUGGUUCUCGGGAUCGUAAGUCCAGAUGGCCAAAGAAGCUCGUUCGAUCUCGAAGCUCCUCAGACUCGGAUGAUUCUCACCGGGAGAGCCGCCGCAAACAAAAUCGUGGCCGUGAUUAUGCUGGUAGCCGUGAUAAUCUUGAGAGUGCCGCGUUGGAGAAGCAGAUGAUGGAAAUGCUUGCUAAGGAGGUGGAAGCUAGCCGUCAAGUUGACCAGAGCCCGGAAGAAGACACAGAUGCGACGGGGGAGCCUGACCUGAAGCCUCAUGAUGGCGGGAUGAGGGACAGAUAUAGGGAUCGAGACGCCAAACGUCGUCCAAGUGCUCCCCAACGAAUGACAACCGAUGUGCCUGUUAUAGAAAAGCGUCGAAUUGCAGCCAGGGCAAGUCUCGACGAAGACCGAUUUCAUUAUCAUCGCAUGCCCUCAGAUGACCUCGAUCCGACAGCGCCUAACUCUCCUACGGCACCUGGAUUCGUUCCUAGCAUCUCAAUUAACCUAUCUCCGCCGGCAAGCCCACCAUCGGCGGUAGCCUCACCUAAGAAAACGUUGACAUCUCGAAUGGGAUCUUCCCGGCGCGAUCGCUCUCGGAGCGUCAAUAGGCGAACUAUUGGCGAGAACGAUCCAGACUCAAGUGGGAUGACCGAUGUGUCGCGGCAGACUACUAACGAAUCUCAACUGGCGAACAUGUUACGCAAGGAGCAACCAACGGGAUCAAGCAAUGGAUUACUCACCCCAAUCAAGACUGAAGCUGCAGGCAUUAAAUACAGGCCUCUAGAUGGCAAUUCCAUUAGAAGCAUCAAGAACAUCAAUGGAUCCGACUCUAGGCUCCGAGGACUUUUCAAAGGCGGCAGGAUUGCAGAGCUGGUAGGCAGCGAGGUCUCUAAAGUUGGCGAUAUGUUAUGGAGAAAAGACAACAAUCAUGCUUCUCGGGUCACUUCUCCAGCAUCAAGCUACGCAGCAUCUGAGGAAUCGGACAUGGACGAUGGUGACACGAGUGGAUUAGACAGUAGUCCAAAGAAUGACCUAUCUCGGACCACAACAAAAGAUGGAGGAGGAAGCCUGUCAAAAGUGUCUACAAACAGCGACAAACCUAGAUACUACAUGAGCAAUCUUCCAAGCUUUCGAUCGUCAUUCAACAGGGAUGAGCAAUCCGCUAAAUCCACUAAGGCUUCUCCGGAUCACGAUCACAUCACCCGUCAGCAGUUAGCACAACGUGAAAGAGGAAGGUCAAGCAGAUUUGAUCGUCUUGCGCCGCCGAAAAUUGAUCUGAGGGGGAUAUCGCCCCCUUCUUCUCGAGAACCCUCUCCAGUCGGGUCGCGGACACAACGAACAUAUGAUGAAGACUCUCGCCAAAGCAGUAGUAGCCGCUCAGAACGUGGAGUACGCAGUGCAGACAGAAGGCUCAACGCAAUGCUAAGUAUUCCUGGCAAAGCAGGGACUGGACGAGCUCCGCCCACUGGUCUCGCAAGUCUAGAGAGUAGGCCACGAGAAUUGAGAGGACGCCCGGACUUGGAAGGCAAACGACAAUGGAGCAUUUCCGAUCGAGGCGUCUCUACCGUACGCGGGACUGUUAAUAAGCGCGAUAUUGCUCGAGUCAGAGCUUUGCUGCUCUCGUCAGGAGUGAAAGCCAACGAAAUAUCCCGCCGAGCGGAGGAGGCCCCCGAAAAACCCGCACCCUUCCUUCAAAGGCUUGAGGACAUGUUCAAGGGUCCCAUACCACACGUCUCUCGGUCACAGGAGCCAUUACUCGCUGCAAGGAUAGUGAUCAGCAAUAUUGAGACAAAUACCCAGAGAUUGAGGGAUGAUGCUGAGCAAUUUUCUCACACCACGAUUGAGAAAUUGCAUGACCAGAUCAAUGCUAUCGACGAGCAUGUAACCCAUAAGCUCACACCCCUCGUGAGAAAUUCCGCGGAUGAUGCAGACGCCUUCAGCACAGAGCUUACAACUACACAUACCUUGGCCAUCAAACAGCUGAACGAUAGCAUAAACACUGUCCUAAGGCGACGCCGCCGGAGGUUGAGAUACCUGAGAAGGAUAGGAUGGGCGACGGUCGAAUGGACUCUACUAGGCAUCAUGUGGAUGGUCUGGCUAGUGGUGGUAAUUGUUCGGCUUGUCCGUGGCACCCUCGCCGGUUUAAUAGAGGGGUUGAGGUGGCUGUUUUGGUUAGGUCUCUUUGCGAAUAGAGGGAACAUAGACACAAACACAAAGCCUAGCAUACACGAUUCCGACGCUAUCGUUCUUCCUGGAACACAGAGCACCACUGCAACCAAACCCCAACCUCCUCCACCUGGGCCUGUACUAUCCGCCUCACCUGCGCAACCUUCACCGCCUACACCUACCUCUGACGCUUCGGUACCACCUCAAAAUGUCCCACUUAUGCCUCCAACCCCGCCUGGAGGCAAGACUCAGACAGCACCACCUACCUCAGUGCCUCCGGGGACCGGUGCAGCUCCCAUCCCUCCAACUACUCCACCAUCGGACAAGCCUGCUGCGGCAAUCCCACCUCCUGCACCUCCACCUCCACCUCCACCCAGGCGAAGGUCUCGAUGGAUUCGAAAUACCGUUUCGUUUUUGAUCCUGGCAAGUGCUCUGGGUUUCGCAGGCGGGACCUUCUAUUCUUUACGCUCAGACAACUUUCAUGACUUCUUCACCGAGUACAUCCCAUUCGGAGAAGACGCGGUCCUCUAUUUUGAAGAAAGAGAAUUCCGCAGACGGUUCCCAAAACUCACGAAUCCUACCAAUCGUCCAUUCCCCGACUCUGGCAAUAAGAUCACGAUACCGAGCAAAAGUGGGGUGUCCUGGAAAGUUGCUGGUGAGGAACAUCAGGGAGCCGAUUUGCAGACGAAAGGCCGCCAUAUGAGCGCUUUAGAUGCGAAUCAAGGUGAGGUCAAGAUAGGGGUUGCCGGACAGACACCCUCUACUGCUACAGGACCUGAGAAGAACAAGGCCGUUGAAAAGGCGAAGAAUGAUGCCGGACCUCCUCCGAAGACUCCUCCUCCAAGUGAAAAGCCGAAAGCCGAAAAAGCUCCUCCCAAAGCGCCACCGCCAACCACAGAACCAAAGCCGCCCGCGCCUGUUCCGCCUCCUCCAAAACCUUCAGAAAGCUCUAAAGAUGCAUCCAAAAGACCACCAGAGGUAAAUGAGCCUAGCAGGUUCAUGCCGAUGGAGAGCAUCGAUCCACUUAAGAUCAAAAACGCCGAUGAGCCCAUAGUGCAGGAUCUAGUGAAGAUCAUCAACGAUAUCAUUACCGUAGUAAAUGCCGAUGGCGCCUCACACAAAUACAAUUCCACAAUUGGCAAAGCAAAAACGGCUCUUGCAAGUGUUGGUGGUCGUAUAAUGUCUCUAAAGGAAGCCGUCAGGAAGUCUGCAGAGGAGAAAAUCAGAUCCACCCAAAUGGAGUUUGACACUGCAGCCAAAGAGCUCGUACGCCGCCUCGAAGAGGAGAUGAGGGAUCAAGAUGGCAAAUGGAAAGACGAAUUCGAAUCGGAGCGGGAAAAAACAGUCCAAUCCUACCAAGAGCGUCUGCAUAAUGAAAGCCAACGAGCUCAACAACUUUCCGAGCAGCGCCUCCGCAAUGAACUCCUCCAGCAAGCUGUUGCCAUGAAAAAGCAGUUUAUCACCGAAGUCACCGAUCGCGUUGAAACCGAACGGAACGGUCGCCUCUCCAAACUAUCUGACCUCUCAUCUAGCGUAACCAAGCUCGAAAAGCUGACCGCGGACUGGAAUUCGGUCAUUGAUGCGAACCUCAAGACCCAACACUUGCAAGUCGCCGUCGAAGCCGUGCGCUCUAGCCUUGAGACCGCUGAUCGUCCUCGCCCGUUCGUUCGUGAGCUUGCCGCCCUUAAAGAAAUCGCCUCCGAUGACGCCGUCGUUAACGCAGCCAUCGCUUCCAUAAACCCAACAGCCUACCAACGCGGGGUUCCAACUACCGCCCAACUCAUCGACCGUUUCCGCCGCGUCGCCGCCGAAGUCCGGAAAGCAUCUCUCCUACCUGAAGAUGCCGGUGUGGCUAGCCAUGCAGCUAGUUUCGUGCUGAGUAAAUUCAUGUUCAAAAAGACGGGUAUGACGGUCGGCGAUGACGUAGAAAGUAUCCUUACGAGAACGGAAACGCUGCUGGAAGAGGGGAAUCUAGAUGAGGCGGCUAGAGAGAUGAAUACGCUGGAUGGAUGGGCGAAGACGCUGAGCUGGGACUGGUUGAGUGAGUGUAGGAGGGUGCUGGAGGUGAGGCAGGCGAUGGAUGUGAUUUCUACCGAGGCGAGGUUAGAGGGGCUGAAGGUUGAUUAG